AACACAUCUUAUAUUAUAAAUUCUAUCUAAUUAUAUAUAUUUCAUUUCCUCAGCAAAUUUUAAAAUAAUGGCGGCGAAAACCGUUACAGUCACGGAUGAGUUCACCAGCGCCGUUUCCGCGCCAAGGCUGUUCAAAGCUCUGAUCCUCGAUUCCGACAACCUAAUUCCCCAAAUUGCCCCUCAGGCAAUCAAAAACGUCGAAAUACUCCAAGGAGACGGAGUCCCCGGCACUAUUAAGCAGAUCAAUUUUGCACCAGGGAGUGAAUUUAAGUACAUGAAACAUAGGAUCGACGCACUGGACGAGGAAAACAUGAGCUAUAACUACACGUUGAUCGAGGGGGAUCCGUUGAUGGACAAAUUGGAGAAGAUAAGUUACGAGAUGAAGUUCGAAAACGGGGACGAUGGGGGGAGCAAGGGUAAAAGUGGAAGUACAUAUUAUACAAAAGAAGGUGUUGAGAUAAAAGAAGAGGAGAUUAAGGCAGGGAAAGAGAAGGCAGCUGGUUUCUUCAAGGCUGUGGAAGCCUAUCUCUUAGCCAAACCUGAUGCCUAUGUUUGAUUUGAUAAUGAUCUAAUUCACAAAUUAAAUAAAAAGCCCUUUUAUGUGUGGCCUAUUUAUUGUUGUGUUACUUUUCAAAUAAAAUGUUUGUAAUAUUGAAAUUUGUUGUUG